AAAAAAUUAGACAGUUGGCCGUUCUACAAAAUUCGAUGAGCAAAAAAUAUUAAUAUACUUGUAGUUUAUCAUGUCUUCUGAACGUGGAACUCAGACAAACAAACAAAAAAAGUUGAGAGUAACCCCAGCGUCAACAUCAAACGCUAUUGAAAAUGAGGAGCAGGAUGAGGAUCCCGAUGAGGCAGACCGAAAUUCAAGGAUGACUGUGAACUUGGGGUUAGCCAGCGAUGAACCGGUGUUCAGCUGCCUGUUUGAAGUUUUUGGGAUAGUGCAAGGCGUUUCUUUUCGCAUGUACACCUUGAGAAGGGCCCAGAAGCUUGGUGUUCGCGGCUGGUGCUCAAACACAAAGACGAGCACGGUAAAGGGUGAAAUUGAGGGGCAUAAUAGUUCCUUCGAGGAAAUGCGCCUUUGGUUAAAAUACACCGGAAGCCCAACCAGCAGAAUCGACAAAGUGGUCUUUGGCGAAACCACUGAACGGCCGCAAUUUACCUAUGAAAACUUUACAAUUGUGGUGGAGUAGUCCUUUUAUUUUUAACACCUUUGAACUAUAAAUUUGUCCUUAUAUUGUGAUAAAAUAUGUAAUGCUUGAACUAAAUAACGGCAUCGUUGUAUUCUGGAAUGGAUAUUAAGGAAGAAGACUAGCGCUAUCCUGGUAAAAAUACAAUAGUUAUUAAAAUAA